UGCACGCUACAGAAGUUACAGUUAGGUGCGCGCUAAGGUGCGUGCCACCUGCACGCGUGUUCGGGCAAGGGGCGAGCCUGGUAGGCGGUCCAACAAAUCAGGCCAGGCCAGGCUGUCACUGCGGGCUGCGUCACGUCAGGCGUCACUCAGCCCUGUAUCUACUGUGCACAUACCUACCUUGACCUACACUAGGUAGGGUACCCAGGUAGUAACUGGAUUUUGGAGCCGCGGGCGUGGGGCUGGCCGCAACCUAGCAAGUCUAGAUCCGGCCCCUAAAUUCACACUCAGCCGCGUCGGACGGGUGCCUCACCCCUCUGCUGAAAUCCUAGAUUUCGCACUCAAUAGACUCAACAAGGCCAGACGGCCAUUAGACACCUUGCCUACAUUCACCCAGGUACUGUGCCGCCGCACCGGUCUCUUACGGCUCCCCCCCUCUUGAUCCUCUGCGUCCUACUUGAACGGCAGCUUUGAGCAUCCUAUUGGGCACCAUGGUUGUCGAUACGUCAUACUACGAUGCGCUCGGCGUGAAGCCGACAGCUACAGACCUGGAGAUCAAGAAGGCCUAUCGCAAGAUGGCCAUGGUCCACCAUCCAGACAAGAACCCCGACGAUCCGUCCGCCCACGAGAAGUUCCAGGCCAUAGGCGAGGCGUACCAGGUCCUGUCCGACUCAGACCUACGGAAAGCCUAUGACAAGUUCGGAAAGGACCAUGCCAAACCCCAAGAGGGUUUCGCCGACCCCGCCGAGUUCUUCACCAGCAUCUUCGGGGGCGAUGCCUUUGUGGACUGGAUUGGCGAGAUCGGCCUGAUGAAAGAUCUCACCACAACCAUGGACAUCACCGGCAUGGCCGAAGAGGAGGAAGCCGCGGCGGCGGCGGCGGCGGCGGCCAACGCCGGUGAUGAUCCUGAAUUCCCAGGGACCGCAGAUGCCACCAAGGAGAGCAUGAAGACCACGGCAGAUCCAGGUGUCGUGGGCGAGAAACAUGCUUCUCCACCGGCCCCCAAGGCGGAACAGGACGCCGCCGGCGGGGAAGACCCGGCGACCACAGGCGACAAACCGGCAGUCUCUGCUGGUUUGUCGCCCCCCGGCACCGCUCCGUCCCGCACUUCGUCUCCCGCGCCUGGCAGCGGUACGUCGACCCCGAAUAAGUACAAGAUUCCUCUUCGACCUGCGAUCAUGGACCGCCCCUCGGACGAGACGACCAUGACCUCAGAUGGCCAGGGCGACUCGGCACUGCACAGGAAGGAUAAGGAUAAGAAGAAGGCCGGCCUGACCAAGGAGCAGCGAGAGAAGCUUGCCGAGUACGAGAGAGAGAGGGCGCGCGUGCGCCAGGAGCGCGUGGACAUGCUGGCCAAGAAACUGCUGGACCGCAUAUCGGUGUGGACCGAGACGGACAAAGGUGCCGACGUGACACGGGCGUUCCAGGAAAAGAUACGGCUGGAAGUGGAGAACCUCAAGAUGGAGUCGUUUGGCCUGGACAUCCUGCACGCCAUCGGCCAGACCUAUCUCGCCAAGGGCUCAAAUCUGCUCAAAUCGCAAAAGCUUUUCGGCAUUGGCGGCUUCUUUGGGCGGAUGAAGGACAAGGGGACCAUCGUGAAGGAGACAUGGAACACCAUCUCAAGCGCGAUUGACGCACAACAGACGAUGGAGGAGAUGGCACGCAUGGAGGAGAAGGGCGGCGAGGAGUGGAGCGACGAGAGGAAGAUGGAGUACGAGAGACGGGUCACGGGCAAGAUCCUGAAUGCGGCGUGGCGUGGAAGCAAGUUUGAGAUCCAGAGCGUGCUGCGGGAGGUUUGCGAUGCCGUGUUGAACGACAAGAAGAUCCCGCUGGCCAAGAGGCUGGAGCGAGCACAGGCCAUGGUCAUCAUCGGGGAGAUCUGCGCCAAGGCUCAGCGGUCGCCUGAGGAAGAAGGUGACUUUAUGGCAUUUGAGCAGCUCGUGGCAGAAGCCACCAUCAAAAAGGAAAAGGAGAAGGAAAGGGAGGAGCGCAAGAAGAAGCAUAAGCACCAUUCGCAUCCAGAAGGCCCGGCCGAGUCUCCGGCUGCGGCAUAGACCGGCAUGGCCCCUGGUAGGGCCCGGGGGACAUUCUCGAGCCCACCCCGGCUUGACUGAGGUGGCAGUCAGAGACACCGGCUACAUAGUACCAAGCUGCGAGGUCAGCCCAGAAACCUGGGACUCACACGGAUUUUCACCUGACUACGAGCCGUGUCCGGUCAAGGCGGCGGGGGGUAAUCCCAGUUGUCUUGAAUUCUCAGGUGCCAGAUUUGCCGACCUUGCCUUCACUUUCUCGAGGCGAGAAAGGCGUCAUCGGACCAUUUUAAUAACAUUGUGUCGGGUAGAAGUACGGCAUGUUUUAGAAUAAAGACAGCCCUGUUUGUUUCUUGUCCAGUGGCGGUCAGACCAAUAUAUAAGAGCACCUAUAACGCCAGCAUAGGGAGGCUUCAAACCGUGUGUGGACCGCUCAACCACUAUUGGAAGGGGUCAAACCGUACAGGCAGGCAAGGCAGGUUCACGGUUUAGUAUAGUUUACAUACCUACCUAGGUACCUGUGUACCUACCUACCUAGGUACCUACCUACCUUCCUUCCAAUUCUGUUGAACAAGCCAGCAAACGAGCACAAGAGGGAGGACUUCACAAGAAGGUCUCAGAGCAAUACUUGAAAGACCAGAUAAAAGCCAUUCUCCUUUCUUGGGAAAGAAACCAUCUAUAGCAAGUUUAAAGGGAAUUUAAUCAUGUGUUGGCAGGGCUGAUAACCCUACGGGAGGC